GUUCCCGCCUCAGGAGAAGCUCCGCCCACUCCUGCAAGCCCUACGCCUUCUGCGACUCUCGGGGCUACGGGCCAAUCAGUGAAGGCCGCGCCCCCUCACGCGCUUCUUGCCAAUCCGGACGCGGCUCUCUCAGCAGUCUCCCCGGAGGCAGUUCUUUGGUAGCUCCGCCUCUCCCCCACUGUUUCGAGUUCUCUGUCACGUGGUCGCUAAAGGGGCGGACACGAGUUUCGUGUCUUACCACGGGAUUUGGGAAAGGUCAUGCGCUUCGUCCGCCAUUUUGCGGGACCCGGAGACGCGUUUAAUUUCCCACUCUGUUCCCAGUUCCAGCCGUAUCGUGGCUCCCAACGAGCUCCGAUCUCUGAGCCUUCCCCAACCCACGAGACUCUUCCUGUUCCCUCUGAUUUCAGGACUUUUCUCCACAACUAGGCUAUUUUCCGUGCGAGGUGACCUUUUGACCUCUGACUAAAAGGUCAGCUGUAAGGUUCCAAAGUCGGGUCUGGGAUAUGAGGGGGGAAUCUAUCCCAAAUUCCCCUAGUCUUUACUUCUGGGACCCUGAAUUCCGAACUUUAGGCGUCUCACCCCAGGUCUAAGCCUUUAUGUCCUGAAAUUCAACUCCAAGUUGCCAAAUCUAGCCCGAGAUAAGAAGUUAACUCCUCGCUCCUUGAACCUUGCAACUCAUCUCCAACCGCAUAUCUGGUUCCAGAUUAAAGGACCCCGUUAACCCUAAGAUUUCUUAUGAUUUGAGUUAGCCUCAAUCCCUGCUCCCAAAGUUCCAAAUUUUAGCCCCGGUUUUUUCGGUCCCACUGCUCAGCGCGCAGAUUCUGGAACUCAGCUCCAAAACCUUCAGAAUCCCCAUCCCUAGACCAACACAUUUUGGAGGAUCCUUCUAUUCUCGACCUUCCAGUCCAAGUCACAAACCCCAAAAUGAUUUCUCCAUGCUCUCCUCCCUUAGAGCCACCAAGAGCCCCUGCACCCCAGGCCCCCAUCAUUCCACCUCCUCCCCUACCCCCAGAUCUCCGAGAUUUAACUUUUCCACCCUCUUCCUCGAGCAUCCAGACCCCUAUUCCCCCACCACCCCCAAUGCCGCCUCCACCCCCUGCCAAGGUGUUUGCGCCCCCUCAUGUCUUCGGCCUGGAGAAGAGCCAGCUCCUGAAGGAGGCCUUGGAGAAGGACGGCCGGGUCCCCAGGGGCAGAGAGGACGUCCAGAGGCUCCUGAAGCUGCACAAGGACCGUUUCAGAAGUGACCUGCAGUGGAUCCUCUUCUGUGCUGACGUGCCCUCCCUCAUCCAAGAAGGCCCUCAGUGCGGGCUAGUGGCCUUGUGGAUGGCAGGCACCCUCCUGGCACCCCACAGCGACAUACCCCUGGAGAGAGUGGUGCAGGUGGCCAUGGAGAGGGGUUACACGGCCCAAGGGGAGAUGUUCUCUGUGGCUGACAUGGGCAGGCUGGCCCAGGAGGCACUGGGCUGCCAGGCAGAGGUGCUCUGUGGUGGCCUGGGUGGUCCUAACAGAGACCAUGUCCUACAGCACCUUGUCGCCGGACAUCCCCUGCUAAUCCCCUACGAUGAGGACUUCAACCACGAGCCAUGUCAGCGGAAGGGCCACAAGGCCCACUGGGCAGUGAGCACAGGGGUCCUGCUGGGUGUGCAGGCUGUGCCUGGCCUCGGCUACGCGGAGGACCCCGAGCUGCCAGGCCUGUUCCACCCAGAGCCCGGCAUGCCCCACCAGCCACCAUCCGUGCCAGAGGAAGGCUCCCCAGGAGCCGUCUACCUUCUCUCCAAGCAGGGCAAGAGUUGGCACUACCAGCUGUGGGACUACGACCAAGUCCGGGACAGCAACCUGCAGCUGACGGACUUCUCGCCCUCGCGGGCCGCCGAUGGCCGGGAGUAUGUGGUGCCCGCUGGCGGGCUGCAGGCCGGCCUCUGCGGCCAGGCCCUGCUCCUCAGACCACAGGACUCCAGCCACUAGCCUGCUGCAGCCCCGAACCAGGGUGACAGGACCUGGCCACAGCCCAGCUUUGACGUGUUUGCAGAGCGCCCCCGCUCCUCCCCCUGUGCCACAGCCCGAGGGUUGGGCUGGAUCUCUGAGGACCUUCAACCAGAGCUCCUUCUUACAGGGUCCCCCUGAAUCCAUCCAGUCCCAUUCUUGGGCAUCACCCCAACUCCCCCUCCCCGAAGCCCACCACCCACAUACUCUGUGGGCUGGGGUUACAGCCAGGAGCCAGACAGGCUCCAUCUACACAGAAGAGACUGAUUAGCUCAGUCCCCAGACCUUGUCCAACCCAUGUCAGUGUUGCUUCCACCUGUUUCUCACCAGUGACCACCACCUUCUAAACCACUGCCUUCUCUCUGCAAGAGCCUCCUCACUGGACACCUUGCUGCCUCCCAGUGUCUGUUCACAUGGAGCUGGGAAGCCAUUAAAAAGGCAAACCAAGGUCUCACCACUCCCCUCCGGAGAAGCUGCCAGCAGCCUUGCCACUUCUGGCAGGAUAGGGAUUAAACUCCCAGCCCCAGCUCACCUCCCUCACCCCAGGCUGUUCCUUCUCACACUUUCUGCCACCAGCCAGCGAUACUGGCCUUUCAGGUCCCUAGAGUGUUCUGUUCCCCUUGGAGCUUCUGCUAAAGAUAGCUCUGAAAUUUCUCUAUCCUGGCUCCUUCCUCAGGGAACAUUCCUCAGCCUUUGGGCCGGACACCUCCCCAACCUGUUCUGAUUAAAAACAAAAAGCAAAUGCC